GCCGUGGGCCCGUAGAUUCAUCAACUCUGUGUAGGAGUAAGACCAAACAGUUGGUGUGGUCUUGAUGUGUCAGUACGGCGCCUUUUGUACGAGAGAAUAAAGCCCAUAGAACCUAAUUAGUGUGACUUUUGAAUGAGCUCGUCAUUAGCUCUGAGAAAGGGCGUCUGGGCUUUUUUAAUAUAUAUAUAUUUAUAUUUUACAACUGGUAGGACACAUCAGCUAAUUGACUUCCGUCCCUCAGCACUCAUCAUAAUGGUAUGUCUUCAUAAACCUCUGGCAUGCGGCCACAAAGAAAUAUCUGUAGUUCAUCAAAGGUCCAGAGUAGUGCCUUGGAGAUGGUCUGCCACAGGCGGCUAAUUAACGGCAAUGAGCGAACCCUUCAAAUGAGCAAAAAGCAGAAUUAGUGUUAUUGUGUCAUAUUUGUGGUUGGCCUGAAUGACGUCCAUCGACGUGGACACCACAGGACAAUAUAAAAGACACUAUUCUUCCCCUGGGGAGAUCAGAAGAUCAGAUGACUCCCCUCCACACAAAGAUGCCGUGGUUCCCCUCCAACUUCCACAGAGCGGCUGGGACGGACACGUCUAACAGGAAAGUCCUGGUGCUGGUCCUGAUGUUGCUGCUGUCUCAACUGGCCUGUGAUGCUCACAGCAUGUCUGAUUGCUGCAGACAACCAGCUCGCUCCUGUCGCCUCUACGUGUUGCUGUGUCGCUCUGGCAGCCAGAACUUUGGAGGGACGCUCACAGGGGACGCCGCCGCCGGCAUCCUCACUCUGGGUAAACGGGGAGAGGACGAGCACAGUUUGCAGAGCCGUCUCCACCAGCUCCUCCAGGGCUCCAGGAACCAGGCAGCAGGGAUCCUGACGAUGGGGAAGAGGACUGAGGAGAGGGCCGGAGAGCAGUACAUGGACUGGAGGCCAAAGUCAGGAUCCACCAUCACAACGCUGCUGCCUGCUUUAAGCUAAAUACCUCAUGAUAAAGACUGUUAAAACCCUAAAAUCCCACCUAUUUUGUGAGUGUUAUUACACAAAAUGUGUAUUUCUUGCUCAUGUAAAAACUAUUUUGUGAUUUUCUUUGAACUGUGCCUUUUUGAAUGUGAUGUGCUGUGCACUGGCCUAUCAGAUACCAUUAGGAAGAUGUGUAAUAUUGUACAUAUAUGGUAAAAGGGCCUGGUGUAAUAAAAAAUAUAAAGCUGA